GGGGCGGGGGGGGGGAAUGCAGGGGGCUCUGCACUGAAGGGGUGGCAUGGGGAGAGGUCCGGGGCUCUCCAUUGUCUAGCUGUGGUGCGGGGCAGUACACCAAGUAAUGGGAGCCUCGGGGUGGCUGGGCUCUCCUCCUGCAAACCACUGGUGUCCCCCGCUGCCCUGGGGCUCUGCUUCCAGUAUUGCCCCACCCUGACCUGAAGCCAUGCCCCAUCUCUCAGCCAGCCUGGGCCCAGACCUGAGACUCCCUCAGCCCAUCCCCUCCCAUCUGGACCCCCUUUGUAAGGGCUGGGGCCCCUAUGACUCCUCUGCUCCCCCCCCAAGUUCUUGAGCCCCUCUGACUCCCCACCCCCAGGCACAGCACUGGGCCCCAUGGACCGCCGCGAGACCUGGGACCGCUUCUACGCCCAGCAGGACGGUGCCACCACCCACUUUGACUGGUUCUUCAGCUAUGAGGUUGUCUCUGGCAUCCUGCUCUGGGCCCUGGAGACCCCCAGCCCUGCCCUGGCGCCCACCCGGGUGCUGGAUGUCGGCUGCGGCACCUCGGACCUGGGCCUGGGGCUUUACCGGGACUGCCCGCGUCCUGUGCACGUUUGCUGCGUGGACACGUCCCCUGUGGCCAUCAGGGCCCUGCGGCAGCUGCUGCGCACGGCGCCCCCACCCCAACGCGCCCUGUCCCGGCUGCGCCUGGGCAUAGCUGACGGCACGGCGCUGGGGGCCACGCGGGGCGGCCGGGCUGGAUCCGUCUUCCACCUGGUGCUGGACAAGGGCACGUGUGAUGCCCUCCUGCGUUGCCCACGGGGGCCGGGCCGGGCAGAGCGGCUGGUGCGCGAGUGCCUGCGCGUGUUGCGGCCCGGCGGCUGCCUGCUGCAGUUCUCCGACGAGGACCCGGACGCCAGGAUCCCUUUCUUGGAGCGGGCCGGGGGCGCCGGUUCAGUGGCGGUGCAGGAAGUCAGGGGCCACUACUACGCCUACGCGCUCCGCAAACCGGGCUCAGAGGGGCCAGCCGCGGAGGCCCCUCGGGUGCAGCCUGGGGCUGAGGGAGGGGUUGCCGGGUCGGCUGGACCUCAAUGGAGCUGUUAAUAAAGCAACUACCCCAA